CGAGGUGUUUUGCCAUAAAUCAAGACUGUCUGUGCGAGGUGUGAGUGUUUUGUCGCAGCAUGGCGUCACACACAGGUAACCCAACCUUUGAAAAUAUGGUUGAGUCAACAAGGGCAUUGAUGGAGUAUGAACAUUCGGGGAAACAUGUGUCCACGUAUGCUGAGAGGUCAGCCUUCAGAACGUUAAAAAGGUUUGGGUGUUUAUUCAUUAAAGGUAUAUCUGGAUCUGGGAAGUCGAAUCUUGGCCUAAGGUUAAUGGCAGGAAUAGCGUCAGAAACUUCCAGGACACCAGUUAUAAUUACUGCCCCGUCGGAAUGGAAUAUGAUUCCGCAAACAGGACAGACAAAGUAUAUUGUAAUGCUGGACGACAUAUUUGGUUCCAGUAACAUGAUACAGGGACAUGUCGAUAGAUGGCUCAGAACAUUUAACAUCAUUUGGCCAAUUGUGGAGGCAAAACAUAUUUUCCUGAUAAUGACCAGUAGACCAGAUGUUUAUGACCAGUGUGCGAGUCAGGUUGAUACUAGUAUCCUCAUGCAACAUUUGAAAUGCAUAACUCUAGACAAAGACGAAUAUAAACUAAAGGUGAAUGAGAAGAAAAGAUUCCUGAAAGUAUAUUGUGGAAGGUCUUGCAUAAGUAAAGAGGAUAUGGAUGAAAUAGCGGAGACAGCCCAUUCUUCCCUUGGAUUUCCACAAUGUUGCCGUUUCUUUGCCAGCAGCAGACAAGCACAAUCAAAUGGUAAAACCUUCUUCUUGAAACCGUUUGAAUUUUUGGCUCAAGAAAUAGACAUCUUGGAAGAGAGUGACCCUUUUGGGUACUUUGUGUUGCUUCUGGUGUUACUGCAUAAAGGUCAGUUGAAGACGAAAACACUUGAUACCAGAGAAGCACCAGAAACCUUUCAAAAUAUCCUCUGUGCAUUGCAAAAUAUCAGCCACUCUUCGACGUUUCCUUCUCGAUCAAAUAUCAGGCUAAAGGCUAAUUCCCUCUGUGACUCUUUUCUCACUAUAUCAGACAAUCAUUAUACAUUUAGUCAUCAGUCCAUAUUUGAUGCUGUAUUCCUGAAAAUGGCUCCAUCUUAUAAGAUGUGCAUCGGAGUGUGUCCAGUAAUGCUGCUAGUUGAAAAGGUAAGGGAAUCCAGUAGUCUGGAUUCUCCUACUGAAGACCUGAUAAUACUUACGAAUGACAACUAUUAUCUUUUAGCUGACAGAAUCACAGAAAUAAUGGUGUCAGAAAAAUGUUUGGAUGUCCUUGAUCACCCUUCUUUAAAGGAAAAGGAAUUUGCUAAAUUUGUGUUCCAAAAAUGGUCCACAGAAGACAUGAUUUCUCGGUUGUUAAAUACAACUUUCGGUGUCACUUUGAAGGCAGAAUCACCCAACCCUCUUGUCUAUUUGAGUGACAUAACAUUAUUUGAAUGUGACAACAUGCUCUCGUGCAUGGCUUUGAAAGGAAAUGUGGAACUUGUCAUGUUACUUCUUCCUGUUUCACAUACGUAUCUCCAUGCCUCAGUGUUAAGACAGAUUAUGGCAUGUGCCAUCUAUGGUGGGCAUCAUCAGCUAUAUGAGAUACUCCUGCAGAUGGGUGUACACCCUGAUAACAACUGUUUCCGUGCACUUUGUGCAGUGCCAUAUAUGCAAGAUAUCAGUAUGAUACACGGAACAAUGUAUUCACAAGACGUGAGAUACUUUGAAAUGUUGGAUUUCACUCAUUUGUUUACCCUGCUUGCCCUCAAUCACAACAGAGUGAUAGUUGACCUUCUUCUGAAACAGCUUAACACAGAGCACCUGUCACUUCUAAGUAAAUGUGUGAUCAACAUUUUUGAAGUAUUGAGUUCAGGGGGGAGCCAUCACAACCAGAUCUACAAUAUUGAUGAUACACUCCAGCAUAUCAUUGAAGCCCUACUUACAACAGGAUGCAAUGUCAAUCCAGAAUCCCUAUUAUAUCGUGCAGCCAGUCAUGUGACACCUUCAGCAAUGCGAUGUGUGUUUAAAGUGUACCCAGGUGUAAAUGUGGAUAAAACGCAUCACAAUCUUGGGAGAACCCCUCUAACGGCAGCACUGGAGUUUGGUGGACUUGAAUGUCUGGCCCUGCUGCUGGAGCAUGACCCCAGUAUAUCUGUUACGGAGGAUGUUCCCUCAAAAGCUAACGUAAUGCAUAUGGCAGCAAAAUCGAAACUAAGUAGCAAAAGGAAGAUGGAAAUGAUAUAUGAAAGACUUUUAUCAGAACAUCAAAUCCCUCAACAUGAACUUGGUAUAGUGGACAUGUUUGAUCAGGGAAAUACAAAACAAUUACACCCUGAUCAUUUUGCGAAAAUAAAAUGUUUAGUUGACAAAAGAGACUUCAUGAAGCAAGCACCUCUUCAUAUAGCAGCAGCCAAUGGGAAUGUAGAAUCAGUGAGAUUCUUGAUAAGCAUUGGGGCUAUGGUAGAUAUACAAGAUGGCGAAAUGGACACUCCACUGCACCUAGCUGCCAGCUUUAAUCACUUAGACUGUAUAUAUGCUUUGCUUGAAGCUAAAGCAUCUGUAGAAAUCAAAGAUAGUUUGGGGUAUACUCCUCUGACUAAUCCAUUUUGGAGUAGUAAACAGACAACGGAACUGCUUCUUCAUGCAGGAAGUGACAUUAACCACACAGGUGGGCGAAAUGUUACAUGCCUGCUAACAGCUGUUCAAUAUGGAGAUAUUGACCAAGUGCGACUACUUUGCAACAAGGGUGCUGAUCCCAAUGCAUACGUUUCUGAAGGAUCAACUGUCUUAUUUGAGGCAGUUCUCAAAUGUGAUCUUGAUAUGAUAACGUGUCUGUGUGAACAUGGUGCAAGAUUGGACCUUACAAAUGAAACUGGAUGUUCACUUGUACACAUUGCAGCUGCAUCUAAGAUAGAUCCGGUUGAAAAGUUGAUAUAUAUUCUCGACGAGAAACAUUCACCCGUGGAUGUCGCUGACGACCAUGGAAGAACAGCCAUGUUUCCUGCUGUGUUGUCAAGAAAUGCUGAGAUUUUGGAAGUGUUAUUAGAACGACACUUUGAUCGUACAAUGGUAGAUGAUACUGGAAACUCUGUAUUGCAUGUGCUUUCUAUGGAACAUGACUACUGUGAAGCACUCUUAGAUAUAUUGUCACAGUUUGAUACACAAUUUCUAAACAUCCAAUCUAAUAGUGGUGCGACUGCUCUUCAUCUACUCGCAGAAUACAAUAAUGCAAGUGGCACUCGGAAGUUGCUUGAGAGAGGUGCUCAUCCAUCAUUGCAGGACCAUCUGGGAAUGACUCCACUCCAUAAUGCUGUAUUGUCAAACAGUUUUGACUGUAUUCAACUUCUUCUCCAGUACAAAGGAGUUCAAUGGAUAACAGAUACCAAAAUGCGCACUGCCCUGCAUUAUGCUUUCAUGCAAAGAAACAACACUUGUGUUCAACCUCUAUUGAACGAGGAAGGAUUGGAUGUAAAUCUACAAGAUGUUGAUGGUUGCACAGCAUUGCACAUAGCGGCAGAGUAUGGUCGCAGCGACAAUGUGAAAAGUCUCUUGGACAGAGGCGCUGAUCCAUGUUUACAAGAUAACAAAGGAAAAACAGCACUGCAUACGGCAUGUGAAUGGGGAAAUAGGGAAACAGUAGAGCUCCUUCUGAACACAAUGACCAACCCAUUUUCCGUUGACUUGAGCCUCCGAUCACCAUUACAUCUUGCCUCUUGGAGUUGCUCUAGCAAGACCGUAAAAUUACUACUAGACAAAGGUGCUUAUCCUUUUGCCUCAGAUCUCAAAAACAGGACGCCACUUCAUAUUGCAGCCAAAGGUUCAGACAGUACCAGUGUGAAGUAUUUGCUCGAGGCAAAGUCGGACCCAUGUUCAGUUGAUGAAAAGGGUGACACCCCUCUGCACUGCAGUGCAAAAAGCAGGUUAGCUUCCAAUGUUAAACUACUUCUUGAGAGCGGAGCCAAGACAGAUAUACAAAAUAAGAAGGGGAACACAGCACUUCAUCUUACUGCAUACAUGAACUUUAACAAAGGCACUGAGCAUCUCCUAGAAUACGGAGCAGACUUGAAAAUUCAAAAUCAUCAAGGCCAAACACCUUUACACUUUGCCUGUCAAAGAGGAAGUUAUGGGAGCGUACAUCGGCUUUUGCAGUCGGGGGCCAAUGCAUCCGUUCGUGACAACAAAGAAAGAACGCCUCUUCAUUAUGCCUUAGAAGCAAUCAAGACAUGGAACGUUCAUUUCAAAAAAUUUGCGGAUGAGUAUCUUCUGAUUGUGAAGGCUCUUUCCUCUAUUGCCUGUGAUGUUUAUGCUAGGUGUGAAACGCCCCUGGAAAUGUUCCUGUCAUCUGAUAUUUCUUCAAUGAAUGACGAAGAUGAUGGCAAGGAUCCGGAUGACUACGAUGAGUACUGCCCUGAUAAUGAAGAGUAUAAGAAAACAGUUAUUGCUAUUUUGGAGGGAAAUCAAUAGGUAGUGUAGAAAUUGAUGGGAACAUCACAGACGAUGUAUCUGGUGAUGUUGCAAACUUUGGAAUGUGUGACCUUAAUCUGAAAGACUAGGUGCACGCCAGUAUAUUACAUGAUGAUCCAGUAAACUUGUGACGGGGUGAGCAAUAAUACUUGGAUGUUCGUUCUAGAAAAUUGAAAGGAAAUAUGGUUGAUGAGGCCUACAUAUUUCUUUAUUACUAAAAGACACUACUGCAUAUUAUUGGUCAUGGUGUCUUCAGUUGCCGUAUACGGUGUCAUAUUAGGCUAGCAGAAACAUACUGAGCCCAGUAGUUUUCUGCUAACCUAAUAUGACACCGUAACGAAAUUAUUAUGCCGAAACAUUUACACACUCUGGUAUCCAUAUAAACUUGACACUUACAACCGUUCGUUGACGUUAAGGGUCAAAGGGAGACUACUCUUCACAUCUUAGAGGCCAAACCUUGUUGACAAGUUUAACUAUAAUCUUUAUCAAUAAAGUCACGAACGUGAUUUAAAACACAGAACAAUGUCCUUGCACAUCACAAUUAACGAUAGUAAAACACAAAAAAGUGUCAAAUAACGAAUUGCGGUACCAGAAUGUUCAUGUAAUAUAUGUGAGGUGUGUGUGUUGGAAAAUCCAAGAUGGCUGUUACUGAUUGUAUACGGUCUCAGAUUAGGUCAGUAACAACCAUCUUGGAUUUUUACUGACGGUUUACGGGCUCAUGUGGGGUUAAUAGUCUUGCUCUCUGGUUGGUCAAUCUCAUUUUGAGGCAUAAUAAAGCCUUAUAUGAAAUUGUCAACUGAUUCAUUACUGGAACUCAGAUCUUAGACUAUGAAGAGAGACAAUAUGACGUAUGAAAAUGUGUAUUAUUACAUGGUUGUAACUGUGCACUGAUGUUAUUGUUCGAAUUCCGGUUCGCCCCGAUUAUGUUUCUAGGUUUGUCAGCACCAUACCCGUGCUCGUGGGUUUCACCGAAGUGGUAAACGUCUGAGACCUGCAUCACUUCGGGCUUUCCUCCCACAUUAAGCUGACACGCCGUGAUAUAACUGGAAUACUGUUAAAAGCGGCGUUAAACUCAACUCACUCACUCACUCACUGAUGUUAUAGGACGGUUGUCAUCUAAGAGAAGUGUCAUAAAAUCAGUAAGAUACACGCACAAAAAUUAUAAUCUUAUUAUCCACACUUAAUAAUGCGUUGUACAACAUCAUAAAUACUGGUUAAUAUGGAUUUACAUUACCUCUCUAUGUGUAACGGAAGUAUAUGUCAUGAAAUGCAUCGGAUAUGGUACAUCUUGUGUCGUAUAUUCAGUUUGCUUUGGGGGGUACGGGUGACCCAGUCGUCUAAGUCGUCCCUUGGGCACGCCAGAAACCUAUGAUUGUGGGUUCGAAUCCCGAUUCGCCCCGAUUAUGUUUCUAGGUUUGUCAGCACCAUACCCGUGC